AUGGAGUUAUAUCAGAAGGAGUCUGUGCGGUGGAUGAGAAGACACAGCCAGAGUCUCCUUCAGGAUCUCUUCUACAUGGGGGUUCAAGCUGGGGACAGAGACACACCUCUUAAUAAACCAGUGGCACACCCAGGGGUAGGCGGGACGGGACAUGUCUACCUCCCUGCCAUCACAGCCAAGGCCUCCAGUCUGGCUUCAGUCAGAGGCUCUCUGAGCGCUUCCUGCCCUUAUCUGUACAGCAAACGCAGAGGAUCCUUCUCUUCCAUAGGCUCACAGAGAACUGCAGACUAUAACAAGAACAAACAGAGUAACCUAAAGGCAUUGAAGGAGGCCAAGCGAUCCAAUGUCACCGUGACGAUGACCUACCUGGGGUCACUUGGUCACCUGGGGUCUGCAGGGUCACAGCAGGACGAGCUGAAAGUGCUCCAGCAGAUCUGUGGAGGAGAGAACAUCUGUGUCUUCAAGGGCUUGGUACAACCAGGAGAGCAGUUCCAGUGGGUCUCCCAGAGGCACCGGGGUUACCCCUUUAGCGGCACCAUGUAUGUGAACAGCCUCGUCGCUGCUAGGAUCAGCUCCUGCUGUGAGUACCGCUAUGCCCUGGGCUUCCAGCAGGGCAAGAAGAGCUGCUUCAGACUCACCUGGCUGGCUGGAGGGAUGCCCUGCUAUAGAUGUACAAGUUUCCGAAACAAAUACAGCUCCUACCAGCAGCUGAACAAUGGCACACAAGAGAACCUCAGUCUGCCUCCAGACCAAAACCCUGGCAAUGCCAAACCAGAAGCCAAGCCAAAGAAGGCUGUGAGGAGGAGAACUAGGAAGAACCUGAAGGACGGGAGCACUGGCAGCUGCUCUACAGACACUGAAGAUCCUGCUUGUACCAACGUGAAGGAAAAUGUGAAGGCAAGGAAGCCCAAAAGACGCAAGAGCCAAUCCCAUCAGACAAAAGACAGCAAGGACACUGCCAAGGCUCCAGCCAAUCACAGAGAUGUCAGCAAGGCCCUGGUUAAUGAGAGAGAAGACAGCAAGGGGUCAGGGUUCACAGGUGAGUACGAGGACCUAUCCCUGUCUGGCCCAGAGAACAGAACACACCAGAAAAAGACCAGACAAGUUAAGAAGACCCCAGAGAAAGACAAAGACAAUGCCAAGACCCCACAAAAAGAGUCCAAUAACAGAGUCAACAUCUCUGUACUGGAAAGGCGGCGUCUGGAGAAGAAGUUGUCAUCUUGUCCCAACCCCUCGGGCUCAGAUGUGGAGCUAAGUGAGGAGAGUGACAGUGCUCUGCACCCUGACAGGCAGCCAGGGGACCAGGACGGAGCUGUACUCAACACGAUUCAAACACACAUCUCAACGAUAGAGCAAGAUCUACAGGCCCAGCUGGAUGUCAUGAUGCAGAUGUUGAACACGUCUGACGAGGUGGAGCAGCUAGUGCUGAGGAACACUGGCUUGACAGACGCACUCCUACAGAGCCUGGCCGCAACCCUGAAGAGGAGCCCCUCGGAGGUCACAUUCCUCAAUCUCAACCUCAACCACCUCGGACCCCAAGGGGCCCACAUCCUCCUGGACCUACUGGGGGCCAAGCCCCAGGUCAAAGGACUGCUGGGCACUCUCUACCCCUUUUCACUGUUGGAGCUGGACAUAGGAGGAAACGGGCUGAGCAGCAAUGGCCUGAGGAUGUUGACGUCCUACAUGAGACUCCACUCAAGACUGCAGUACCUGGGGCUGGCACGGACCACUGGUGCGGACCUAGAGGCAUGGCGGGAACUGUUUGACUCUCUGAAGGGAAACGCGACCCUCAGCCAUAUUAUCCUGGAUGAGAGUAACCUAGGAGACCAGGGAGCCAGGCUAUUCGCUGACACGCUGAGAGCCAAUCAGAGCCUGAGGCAGGUGGAUCUGGACAAUAAUGGGAUUGAUGUGGACGUCUUACAGCAGCUGGGGCUCACAGGGACAAGGACCGGAGGGGGUUCAUCAUCCUCAGGGGCCCGUGCUGCUCCCCAGGGGGUCAUCCCCUUUAAGUCUGGGGUCAUCCUCACCCAGCGGGCCCGGAUCCAGGCCCCCCUGUCUUCCAUCCUCCCCACUGCCUCCUAUCCCACCACCAACCUCUCUCUGAUCCUCAGCCUGAGCUCCCACCGCAUCAACAGCGCCUUCCUCUUCACCGUCCUGUCCAAGAGGAAGAGACUGCAGCUGGGGGUCCAGUUCAUCCCGGGGAAGGUCCUGGUCUACGUUGGCCAGAAGGACUUUGUCCAUUUUGACUAUGACGUUCACAAUGGCCUGUGGCACAGCCUGGCCCUGGACAUCCGAGGCCAGAGAGUCUCGUUAUAUACUUCUUGUGGGAAGACUAGUGUACAUGCAGAUCUGCAUUCUAAAAAAGAGGAGGCCCUGGAUCCCGAGGGCUCUUUCCUCUUGGGUAAGAGGGCCCAGAACUCAGUGCAGUUUGAGGGUGCCAUUUGCCAGUUUGAUAUUUACCCCUCUGCCAAGGCAGCUCAUAACUAUUGUAAGUACAUAAAGAAACACUGCAGGGAGGCCGACACCUACAGGCCUGUAAAUCUCCCACCCCUGCUACCUCUGAUCCCCUCCAACCCAAACUUUACUGUCACCCUCAACACUCCUCUGCUGUCGACUGAGGUAACCAGGAAAGUCCAGAGUCCUAGUCUGGUCUUGACUGGGGACAGAACCAGGACUAAGCUUGUUGUCCCGACCAACCGCCCCACAGUGGCGCCAACCCUCUCCGUGCGUGAGAGUUUUGUCACACCAAAGUCUGGAACUAUGUCCCUGUCCCUUCCUGCGACUGUCGCCCCGACAAUGGCCAGGCCAGGAUUAGAGCACCCCUUAGUGGCCAAGACUCAAACUGUUACUGUACCCCUCCGGACCAGCGGAACACAAACAUCCCCAAAGCCAACAUCCCGUGGCGACAGCAGUGCUAAAAAGAGCAUGGCGGUGGAACCUGGUGUUAAAACCCCAAAACCCACAGGGAGCAGAUUGGCUGCUGCACCAACCCUUUACACCACCGCCCGGCCACUAAAGAAGAAGCCAGACCUCCAAACCACGGCAGCAUCCAAACAAGGCUCUUCUUCAAACUCAAACACCUCCAUCCUUUACAUCCAGAGAAAGCAGCUGACCGUGCUGGCUGCAAAGAAACCGGAGCCCAGAGUGACCAGUGUGGAGGCUGUCAAACCCACCUUGUUUAUCUCUGUCACUCCGCCUGCCACAGAUGGCUUCCAAACCUGGGACCUGGAACCGACCCAGUUCUCACUGCUGGCUGGGCCGGGACCACCUGGACUAAAGGGAGAACCGGGACCAGUGGGACUUCAAGGACCUCCUGGGAAACCAGGGAUGCCAGGGAAGAGUGGGUCACGGGGUCCUCCUGGUCCCCAUGGAAACCCUGGUCACCCCGGACCCCCUGGACUCAAGGGACGAAAAGGAGACCCUGGCCUUUCACCUGGCAGAGCACCAAAAGGAGAAAGAGGACAGAAAGGCCACCCUGGUCCCCCCGGUCUACCAGGAGAUUCUGGUGAGCGAGGAGCACACGGAAGCCCAGGGGCCAAAGGUUAUCCUGGCAGGCAGGGUUUACCUGGACCUUUUGGAAUUAUGGGGCCUAAAGGAGUCCGGGGUUUCAUAGGAAUCGCGGGGCUUUUUGGCCUUCCUGGACCUGAUGGUGAGAGAGGUAUUCCUGGUGUUCGUGGCAAGAAGGGCAAGAUGGGUAGGCCGGGGUUUCCCGGGGACUUUGGCGAGCGGGGACCACCAGGACCAGACGGAAACCCAGGCGAGCUGGGAGCCCCUGGUCCUAAUGGAGUUCCCGGGCUCAUUGGAGACAUGGGUCCUGUAGGGAUGAUGGGUUUGCCAGGACCAUGUGGACUCAAGGGGGUACCAGGAAAUCCAGGAGAACCAGGACUGAAAGGUGAUAAGGGUGAAGUUGGUCUUCCAGGGGAGCAAGGAGAGAAUGGAUUCCAAGGUGACAAGGGUAUCCAGGGUUCACCUGGGUUGCUAGGUAUUCAAGGGAAACCAGGGCAACAGGGGGUGACCGGUGACCAAGGACCUGAUGGUAUACCUGGCCCUCCUGGCCAAGAGGGUUUCCCAGGAGACAUCGGCCCACCAGGUCACAACGGCCCUGAAGGCCCAAAGGGGAAGCCAGGGAACAGAGGUUUACUAGGGCCUAGAGGAACGGCUGGACUAGAGGGCGAUGAGGGGCCACUGGGACCACCUGGGCCAACAGGACCAGAGGGCAGACCUGGCAGGCAUGGAUUCCCGGGGGAAACAGGAACCGAAGGAUUGAAGGGUGAGACGGGAAUAACCGGAGAGGUCGGAAAGCUUGGAGAGAGGGGACUUGUGGGUUUUAUCGGGCCUAUUGGGGAGACAGGCCUAGCAGGAGAAAAGGGGGACCGUGGGGAGAUGGGCUUGCCUGGACCGCCAGGGGAAAAGGGGGCGAUGGGUCAUCCUGGAACUCCUGGAGAGUGUGGCCCCUCUGGACCUCUAGGGAUACCAGGCCAAGCCGGAUCAAGGGGUCUCGGCGGGAUCAGAGGACUCAAAGGCAGGAGGGGUCCGAGGGGUCCUGAUGGUCCAGCUGGGGAGAAGGGGUCAGUUGGCGGAAAGGGUCCUGAUGGUCCACCAGGAAAAUUUGGCUUCCCAGGGGAGAUGGGAAAUAUUGGGGAGCCUGGGGAAGCUGGGCCUAAAGGAUUUCCAGGUCGCCAAGGACUCUCAGGACCUCCAGGUGCCAAAGGAAUAGCAGGAGAGCUAGGACCAGCUGGGCCACCAGGAACAAUGGGUCCCCUGGGAGAGAUGGGCCUCAAGGGUCCCCUUGGAAAGGUUGGGGAGUGGGGAUUGCCAGGAGAACCAGGAGAGAAGGGUUCCCUUGGACCAGCAGGAAACCUCGGAGAGCAGGGCCUCAUCGGACAGAGGGGUGAGAUGGGAAUCGAUGGGGAGGCAGGACAGAGUGGACCGGAUGGACCUAAGGGCGAGAAGGGUGACAUGGGACCUGAGGGCGGUAAAGGAGAGAGGGGUGAGAUCGGACUGAAAGGAAAGGAAGGUUCUCCUGGACCUCCUGGCUUAGUGGGCUCGAGGGGUCAGGAGGGUAAACCUGGCAAGUUUGGUGAAAGAGGAAAACCAGGGGAGAAGGGCAGCAAGGGUCAUAUGGGUCACCUGGGAGAGACUGGGCCAAUUGGUGAACAAGGAGAGGCAGGAUUUGUCGGGCCGAAAGGAUCGAGAGGAACCAUUGGACCAGUGGGUUCCCCGGGUAGAAUGGGCCAACAAGGAGAACCAGGCAUGCCAGGAUAUGAGGGCCACACAGGACGACAGGGCCCACUGGGACCUCCUGGACCAAAAGGUGAAAAGGGGGAACAGGGGGAAGACAGUAAGGUGGAAGGCCCUCCUGGUCCACAAGGUGACAGAGGUCCUACUGGAGACAGGGGAGACCGAGGAGAACCAGGUGACCCCGGAUACUUAGGCCAGCAAGGAGUGGAUGGAGAAAGAGGCAAGGCUGGAGCAACUGGACUACCUGGACAUCCUGGAUCAAGGGGAAUACAGGGGCCAAAAGGAUCCAAAGGUGAUCAAGGUCAGAAAGGCAAAUGGGGGAAGCAAGGUGAAUCUGGGACCAAAGGACCACUGGGUCCAGAGGGUCAUCCUGGCCCAAAGGGAGUUGUGGGCAGAGAAGGCCUUGAGGGCCAGCCUGGAAUGGACGGCCAUCCUGGGAAAGACGGAGACAAAGGAGUAAAGGGGGAGCAAGGGGACGACGGAGAGUUUGGUAUUAUCGGCAAAGCUGGAAAACACGGUAAAACGGGCGUGCCAGGGCUUCCAGGCGAUCAGGGCCUCUUUGGAUCGAAGGGAGAGAGGGGUCUCCCAGGCCAAACUGGACCUUCAGGGAAAAGAGGCCACAUUGGUGGAAUGGGGUUGCCAGGGAAACAGGGUCACCAGGGGCCCAAAGGACAGCCUGGUGACACAGGUGAAUCCGGGUACCCAGGGGUUCUCGGAAUGUUCGGACCAAAGGGACCUCCAGGAGAUCUGGGCCCAGCCGGGAUACAAGGACCAAAAGGGCCACAUGGAUUGAUGGGCAAUGUUGGUGCCAUAGGCCCAGUUGGUAUCAUCGGACCCAGUGGUAGUCCAGGACCCCAAGGUGACAAAGGGAGUCGAGGGGAGACGGGGGUGCAAGGACCAAGGGGCCUUCCUGGUCCACGUGGACCCCCAGGUCUCCCUGGUUCUCUGACAUUUAGAAAGGAGGCUAUUGGAGCUGCUUUCCAAGUCAUUAUUGAUUCCCAUGCUGCACUGAGGUCAGAGAGUUACCAUGUCGUGGACCUGCCCAUGUUGGACCACCAGGGUACAGAGAUCUUCAAGACCCUCCACUACCUCAGCACACUGAUCCAGAGCCUGAAGAACCCGCUAGGCACCCGCGACAACCCAGCACGCAUCUGCCGAGACCUCAAGGACUGUGAACAGAGGAUGAACGAUGGCACUUACUGGAUCGACCCAAACCUCGGCUGCUCAGCUGACACAAUCGAAGUGACGUGUAACUUCAGCAGCGGCGGACAGACCUGUCUGAAACCCAUCACAGUAUCCAAGCUGGAGAUUGGUGUAGGUCGCAUCCAAAUGAACUUCCUCCACCUCCUGAGCUCUGAGGCAAUGCAACACGUCACCAUCCACUGCCUGAACGUCCCCGUGUGGGCCAACAGUUCCUCCCUGGAGCCCUCCCCCACCGCUGUGCGCUUCAAGGCCUGGAGUGGAGACAUGAUCCAGGCUGGAGGACUCUUAGAGCCCCACAUAGUGAGGGAUGACUGCUGGAUCAAAGAUGGCCACUGGCACCAGACCCAUUUCAUCUUCCAGACCCAGGACCCCAACUUACUCCCCAUCCUGGACGUGUAUAACCUACCAGCCACAGAGCCUGGCUCGCACUACCACCUAGAGGUGGGCCCUGUGUGCUUCCUAUAGAGGCCUGUUGUUAUAGAAGCCCAAAAUACAUUGCAUACACAGCCUCCUCAUAGGAGUGACUUAAGUGGGAUGGUGGAGGUUAGGAAGGGCUCCCUGUCCCCAUAUACCGGGGCCCAUCAGGAGAUGCAGGGCAGGUCAGGUCCCUUACCCUGCAGCAUAUGCUCGGACUGCAGAAACAGAAAGGGGGCGCCAUUGAGGGACUGACCAGGAGAAACUGCAGAGAUACUGGGGCAUCUCGCACUAUAGUUCCUACCGCCUGCCUGAGGAGAAGAUAUUAAGCUUUGGCUUCUUUCAGGGACUUGUUUUACUGUUGCACAGUAUGAGCCCUGCAUGCCAGAGUGAGAGAAAAUAAUAUGACAAUCUCUCUUCUGACAUCACACUUGGACAACGUUUUUAAAUUAUUCCUUUUCAUGGUCUGCACUCAACAUGUAAUGAAAGAUGUAUAAAGUAAUAGGGAACGAUUAUACAGUACAUCUUACCUUGUUAAAUGUCAUACAUACACACAUAUUAUUUAUACAUGUUAUAUGUAUAUCUUAAUAUAAAAGUGCAAUAGACAUCUCGUUCUGCAACUUUUCAAAGCAAUUCAGGUUUACAGUGAUCUCAAAACAUUGGAUAUAAUAGUAACAUAACAUUCAGGUGUAGGAAGAGUUCCUAGCAUACAUCCACAGGUGUAUGCUUUCCAGCCAUCUUCUCCUGCCUAGUCUGCAGAUGAGGUAUGAAUCGACUUGUCCUUGUGACUUGGUGCAGAAGAAAUGCCCACCAGUCUACGAAAAACUAUUGCGUUCACACACAAACAUUUCUGAUGUGCGUUUCCCUAGUCAAGUGAAUUGAAGCUUGUAAGAGAGUGGAUCCAGAAGAGUGUCAGUCUGUCUACCUCCCAUCUCUCAUCUAGCUAUGGUGCUUUCAACUAAAAGAGAAACAGAGAUGACACCUGAUACCUUGUGCUAAAAUAAUUAACUGACUCCUGUGGUGGGUCUUGUUUAAUCUUGACAGAAUAUAUCUACAUGCCUUUUAUACUUCAAAAGGGAAUCUUUUUUUAUACAUUAUGAAUGCAAUUUUUUUUUUUUUUUUUUUAACAAAUUCACUUUUCAAGCUAACAAAACAGCGUUUUUCCCCUGCAUCAUUAUUGUAUCCCCUUUGUACGAGUCUGAAGCUAUUAUUGGAGAUUUAGGUCUUGUUUUUAUUACUUGUUGAAAUGUAUAUAAUUAUGCAAAGCUUUUUGUCGUAUACAGUGGAUCCCAACAUGCUAAUUUAUGUUAUUUAAUGUCCAUGGGUUUUGCGACUUUGUCAUCUAUUACACUUCCCAUCAUCAGAGCAUUUUAUUUUUUAUUUUUUUUUAUUUUUUGCAUACCUUUGGGGCUUCAUGGAUUUCGUUAUCUUCUUUUUUUUCCAAAACUGUACUGUAUUUAGACCGUUUAAUGCUUUUACACUUACUGUUUUACACCUUAUUGUUGACCAUGUUUGUGAUACUCUACAGACCAACCAACCAUAAACUCAGAAUACCUCUCAUCACACCAACCAUAAACUCAGAAUACCUCUCAUCACACAACUCCGAACCCUCCAUUUGCAUUUCUUCCAUUACUUUAACACAUCUGAGUGAGACAGCAGAUUU